UUCAAGUCUGCUACUCAGGAGGCAAUAACAUCGCAAAGUCUACUAGGAUUUUAGGUUCAGCAUCCAGACUGCCUUUCAUACAGGACCAGGAAGUCACACCAAAAGAUAGGGCAAGAGCAUGGAAAAAGCAGCUUGGUGAAUCAACUUUUAAAAAAUACAAGAGUAAGAAUAAGAAGCCAAGGAAAGCUGCAGAAUGGCAAGGAAAGGCAGAGACACCUAGGAGGGUUAAGACUGUAGGAGGGAGGCGGGAGGGAGGGGAAGGCAGAGACACUGGAGCGCGGACGUCAGGAACAAAAGCUCCGGUGGAGUCUGGCGGAGGCACUCAGGGAGCAUGGGGUGUUUUGAAUAAUUAUUAAAAUUAGCAUGUGCCUGCGCCAUCCUGUGGGUGUGGCUCAGCGCAGAGUGUAAACUCUAGCCGGGGCUCAAGCAAACAUUGGAUUAGCGGCAGCAGCCUGCCAGCCUGCCUGCCUGACCAAGGAGUGCGGGGAUCAGCGCAAGGCACGCCGACCUGCACGAUGGCCUCGUCUCAGGGGAGAAACGAGCUGAAAUUCGCCGACUGGAUGGCAACUCUGCCGGAGACCAUCCACAGCAUCCCCCUCACCAAUUUGGCCAUCCCAGGGUCGCAUGAUUCCUUCAGCUUCUACAUUGAUGAAGCCUCUCCAGUAGGUCCUGAACAGCCAGAAACUGUUCAGAAUUUUGUUUCUGUAUUUGGAACUGUAGCCAAGAAGCUGAUGAGGAAAUGGUUGGCCACGCAGACAAUGAACUUCACUGGUCAACUAGGAGCUGGAAUCCGUUAUUUUGAUCUUCGAAUUUCCACCAAGCCUAGAGAUCCUGACAAUGAACUUUAUUUUGCACAUGGCUUGUUCAGUGCCAAAGUCAAUGAAGGUCUUGAGGAGAUCAAUGCAUUCCUCACAGAUCACCAUAAGGAGGUGGUAUUCUUGGACUUCAAUCAUUUUUAUGGGAUGCAGAAAUAUCACCAUGAAAAACUGGUCCAAAUGCUGAAAGAUAUCUAUGGAAACAAAAUGUGCCCAGCAAUUUUUGCCCAGGAAGUUAGUUUAAAGUACCUGUGGGAGAAGGACUAUCAAGUGCUAGUCUUCUACCACAGCCCAGUGGCUCUGGAAGUACCCUUUCUCUGGCCUGGGCAGAUGAUGCCAGCACCCUGGGCCAACACCACAGACCCUGAAAAACUGAUCCAGUUUCUUCAGGCCUCCAUCACUGAAAGAAGAAAGAAGGGUUCAUUUUUUAUAUCUCAGGUGGUGCUGACCCCCAAAGCUAGCACUGUGGUCAAAGGUGUGGCAAGUGGCCUCAGAGAAACAAUCACAGAAAGAGCUCUUCCAGCCAUGAUGCAAUGGGUCCGCACGCAGAAGCCAGGAGAAAGUGGCAUCAAUAUUGUCACUGCUGAUUUUGUAGAACUUGGCGAUUUUAUCAGCACAGUCAUAAAGCUCAACCAUGUCUUUGAUGAAGGAGAAGCCAACACUUGAUAAUACUAUUUGGAGUGUCUAAGAAUAAGAUAGAGAAGACUCAUUGUAUUAGACAUAUUAUCUAUAAACAUUCUGAUCUUCCUAUUCCACUGAGUCUGAUGGGAUUAGGGCUGGUAGUGGGUGGGAAAAGGGGGAAAAACCAUUUCUUCAAUGAUUAUGAUCAUACUCCGCAUUACUAUAAAUAUUUCAAUUUCCAUUCAAUGAGCAAAUUCUACUUCUAGUGUUAGGAAUACAAAUAAUAGUGAAUUUUGUUUUUCAAGAUUAGUCUUUGUAACGUGUAACUCAUGCGUGUUUACUUGAUUGCAUUUUCUAAUUACAUCCUAGGUCUCCCAUACUAUUUCCUGUAACUUUUCCACUCCCUCUCUUGCUCAUGCUUUCUAAUCAGAUGCUGUAUGGGACUCAAAAUAAUUGAAUGCCCAACAUAAUGUGUAUUACAUUGUUAUACUAAAAAUUAUUUGUUUUGUGAGAUGUGGUAUAAUAUUCUGUAGUCAUCUGCAGUUGGGCAAUCAUAGCUAACUGUUGGCCAUAGAAGAUAUGCAUCAAAUCAGAUUCCCUACAUCAGUAAUAUUGGAGGCCAUAAUCAGUGAUGUUUGUGUUAUAUUAAAACAAUAGGAUUUCACAGUAUUUCUAUUUAAGGCAGCUAUAACUAUAGUGUAAAAAAAAAUUGGAAGGACUAUGAGUGCCAACUCCAUAGUGAAAAAUGAGCAGUGGGGUGAGGGAGAUGGAUGCUGUUUUAAUUAAGCAACCUCUUAAAUAGCAAUGCCCUGCAAGUGCCCAGUAAAUGACACAUUAGAAAAACUAUUAAAAUCAGAACAUCUGAAAAGAACUCUUUCUUUAAGUCCUCUUUAACAAUUUUAUUUUUUUUCUAAAGAGGGAAAGUAAAAAGAAAUAAAUGCAAGACCUUGCAAGCUAGCUCUCCUGCCAAAUUGGAAUUUCCAAAUAUAUAGUUCUAAACCUUGGAUUUUGAAGAAUAUUUUUCAAGAAGCUUCAGGUUUCUAACUUGAAAUGAAGAAAGAGGAAGGGUGACAGAAGGAAUUAGACCAGUGUUUCUGAAAUUAUGUCCACAAAAUCAUAAGGAUCCAUAGAAUAUCUCUAGGAAAUUCUUGUACUAUCUGUGAAUGGGGCAGGCGUGUUUAAAAUUGGCAUUGACUCAUCCGUUUUAGGUUUCACCCUCCUCCAGAGACAAGAUUAAAGCAGAAGACAAAAGUCUCAUACGAAGUUUCUGUGGCCUAACUUUUGAUAAUCCUGUUCUACAGGAAAGAACAAUGAUAACAGUCUUGAGUGUUGCAUUCCCAUAGGUGUCUUUAUAUUGGAUCGCUCUAAAACAGUCUUGGAAAGAGCACAAUACCUCCCUUACCUAUGUUCCUCGCAUGAAUGUUGUGGGACAUUUAUAAAAAAUCUAUAAAAUUUGCUGAAAUUUUCAUGUGUCAUUUUAUCCCUAUAGUUAAGAAUAAUCACCUUCCAAUAGUUUACUGGAAAAUACAGUUCUAUGCAAAUUGGGACCAUAGAGAAAUAAAAGUAUCCCCAUAUCUUCAACAAUACAGAUACUCAUUUUCUGAAAAUAGCACUUACUAGCAACUGCAGAAUACAAAUUGUUUAUAAUGAAGAUAAGUUUCAUGAAAAGUGUAAUAUAUGUGUAGACGAGGUGCCAUGAGAACACACACAACAGAUAGGUUUAUACAUUGCAGUUGUGUUAUAUAUAUUUCUCAUAAACAAUGAAAACAUAUAGCCACACCUAUAUAGUCAGACAUGAAUAUACACAAACACAAACAUAUAGACAGAUAUAAUACAAUUCUUUUCAAAUGAAAAUAAUAUUAAAUAUUGUCAUAUUGAGCCCCUUCAAAAUGUACAAGAAGGUGAUAAGAGUUAUUGAAAAUGGGAAUCACUGAUUACACUAAAAUAUUUUCAUAAAAAUAUUGUAGCUUUGGUCUUAAAUAUUCACAAAAUAUAAUUAUUUUUUCUUUCCAUUUUUCCUUGCCUUGUAUUUAUAUUGUUUAUCUCUUUUACCUGCUCUUUACAUGUAACUGAAAAUGAAUCCUUUUAAAAAGAUUAUGGAUUUAUUGAAAUUUAUGCUCUAUAAAUUUACUUUUGGGUGCAGAUUUUCUCUCUAUUUAUUUUCACCCCUCAGGAGGAUCUUUGGCCAAGCAUACUUAUAAUGGCAUAAGAAUUUAACUUAUAAAUAUGACACAAGCAGAUUUUUCAACCUAUUCCUGAAAAAUGAAUACAAUAUAGCGGUAACUAUUUGGUAUGUCCUUGAAAUUAGAUGCUUUCCUAUAACAUUUGCUUAGAACUGUGUUAUACUUGUCAUUUGGGUGCUGUAAGGAACAAACAUGGUGAAGCAUUAGACUGUGCAGUUUCUUAACUUGGGAAAGCUUUUAUAGCCAUUAAUGAUAUGCAGACAGAGACUCUGUUAGACAAAAUCUACUGUAUGGUUUCCAUGUGGAUGUACAGUGCCUACACAGCAGACACUGAGAGAAAAUAGAUUCGCCUUAAUCUCUAAAGGAGGGCAGAGGUAGACAGGAACCAUGAGAACAUUCACCAAAAGAGAUUGUUUGAAAAGGGAAAUGUUAACAGAUUCCCCUUGACUGUCUUCUGUUCACUGGCCCUGCCAGAGGGCACACUUAAGAAGUGGACUGUGAGCCUUACAUCAAGAAAUGGAGAUGAGAAAUGGUGAUAUGCAAUCAAAACUUGCCCUUAACCUAAGAUCCUUUGUCUUGGCUGGGCAUUGUUUUUCCAGAUUUAGGAGCACAAGGGCUACAAAUAGGUCCCAAGAUGACAGUAGAUGCAUCUUGGUGUACUUUUUUGUUUUGCUCAUUUCUUAAGACUUUAUGUCAUAAGUCCUACAAGGCAAAAAAGUAAAAUAUAGAUAGCCUUUACCCAAUCUGCAGCAGGAAAUCAAAGAAGUGGGUGAAAUGAGGAAAAAUAAGUAAAGGACAUCCUGUAUUCAAGUUUGUUUUCCUGUCAGUAACUUUGAAGGACCUAUAUGGUAAAAUCGUCUCCUGCCAUUAUCAUUUAUGUCUCUCUUAUUACUACAUAAUCACAUGAACAUAGAGAAUGAGGAGGCAUCCUUUAAAAGCCUUAGGAUAUUCUAUACGAUGACCUCAAUAUUCACUUUCAGCCAUAUUGGGAAAACUCACUUUUCAUGGAGCGCCACCUAACAGUGAAUGUAUUAGAGCAUAAAGUGUUUGGCAUGAUGCACCACACAUACACACACACACACACACACACACACACACUAUUCAAGUUUAAAUUGCACCUAAUCAUCCAACUUGAUUCUGAUUUUUUUGUAACUUUAGCUCUUAAAACCAGCAUAUUCUAUUUUAGUAGGCAUAAAAAUAAGUCAAGUAUUCAAAUAUCUGAGGGGAAAAAAUCGCUAGAAAACCAGUGAAAAGUGGGACCAUCAGAAAUAGGAAAUGCUUGAUAAUAAUCUAAUUACAUUAUCAAUUACAUUCCUCUAGAGAAUCUAAGGCAGACUUGAACAAAUUAUAAACACAUAUGUAAGUUCACUUAAAAAUGUUUAAGUCCUUUGAGGCUCUGCCAUGUUUUGGGGCAGGGUUAUGUGUUCAAGUUUUCCCAUUAAGAUUCCAGACUGGAAAGUUGGAAGGCUCAGGAAAUGCAUGUUUUCAUGAGUUUUUGGUUCUACAGUUUUACAAAUAUUCGAUGAUAUGGUCUUCUAACCUUUGGUUGCUCAACCAAGCAGGAACUCCCUCGGCAGAGUGUUCAUAUUUUUAAUUGCUAAGAGAAAAUAAUGCAAAGCAUCCCUCAGGAUAUGGUAAAUAAGAUUUUUAAAGAAUUUUAUUUUACAGCACUUUAGUCUUUUCAAUUAGAUUUCAGUGACACUGUGGUGUAAAUGCUGUAUUUGCCAUAACUUACUGGUGGCUCCUGUGUUACAUACAGUUUUAAAUAAUACUCCAAAUUGUUUUCCCAAUGACAAUGAUAAAAUGUGUAGAAUUUGUAAAAGGUGUUGGUUUAAUCUGUUGAAAAUUGUGUAAUUUUUAUUUUACUUGUGAUGCUAUUUUGUAGUUAUUAGUUCUAAAUGUGUAUUUGUAUGAGUCAAAACUGUGCUUGUCAGUGGUAUGUGUAAGUGUAUUGUAUCUUAUCAAAAAUUAAACUUAUUCUAAAGAAAAAGGGCACAUUAUGACUGGCCUUAAUUCAUUGUCACUUUUAGUUAUUGUUGCUACAAUUUGGAUUUAAAAUACAUACAGAAAUUGCGUUUUUGUUAAAGAUGGCUUUAAAAAAAUCUUAUGAGGUAUAUGCUUUAGAACUCAUCUGAGUUCCUACAAACAAAUUGUACAGCUUGUGGAACACCUAUGCUUUUCAAAAUUAUCAAAUAUCAAUUAUUAAUUUUAUCACCAUGCAAAUAGACUAAAUUCGUGUUUGUUUCCAUCAGCAACAGAAACACAGCACUGCUAAGGUUGUUCUUUCCAAGAUGGAGCUCUGUAAUGAUAAACGUGGUGUUUUUUGGCUUCAGUGAUAAGUUCUCCAUGAAAAAUACUUCCUCCAAAGCCUCACUUUGGAGAACUGAGUCUUCUGAAGAUGAACCACCUUGGUUCUGUGAGUGUCAGAGAAGCUCCAUCCGCACGAGGUAGUUCCAACAUGGCUCCCUUUUCAAAACCAAAUAUGAGGAACUCACACUUUUUCUGCCUGCCCCAUGUGCAGUGUAACAAUAGAAAACUCAUGACUAAUUCCAGAAUUUACACAGGUGAUCAUGUUUGAAGUAAAAAUUCUGUAAUUUUCUUUGGGCUUCUUACUUUCCAAAUCUUUAAAUAUUUCUUUUUCUAAGUUAAGGUUACCAAAUACAAUACAGGACACCAGUGAAAUUCAAAUUUCAGAUAAAUUAUAGUUUUAGAUAAUUCUUUUUCUAUUUCAUCAAACACACACUAAGAAUGCCAUUGUUCAUAUAAAAUUCAAAUGUAAAUCAAUAUAUCCUGUAUUUUUCUCUAAAUCUGGAAACUCGUAUGUCCUCUUUAUCUUUUUUCAGCUGGGCUACAUAUAAGAGUAAGAUCUACCUCCGCUUUUAUAUUUCUAUGUUGAUAUGCUUCAUGCAAAUCUACAGUCCUAAUACCCUUUAUGAAGGAAAAUAUUGGUCCAUGCUAGUUCCUACAAAUUUUUUAUGAAGAACCAACUGAAAAACAGGUGGAAUAAUCAAGCAAGAAUCUUCAUUAGAUUAAUUCUACCACAUUGAAAAUUUCCCUUCAGUGGCCUGUUUUGAGGCCCAGAGUCUCUUCAUUAUUUUUUUUUUUUUUUUUUGUACCGGGAAUCAAACUCGGGUCCUUGCGCUUGCGCAGCAGGCGGCGAAACCACUGAGCUAAAUCCCCGGCCCUCUUCAUUAAUUUUUAAAGUAACAUUCCCUAGUAAUUGGAACAACCAGAAACAUGCUCAUACAUGAAAGAUAUUCCUGGAAAGUGAUAGUACCUUCUAAACCAGUACCAGGACCUCUUUCAAAUUUUAGUUUUGUUUUCUUUCAGAGAGAUAAACUACUCCAUUACCCCCCUCCCACCAUUAACACUUCGUCACAAAAUAUUCUUGUUAAAAGUAGUCAUCUAUGUCACUGUGGAAAGUUUGACAUAAAAAGGAAGACUUCACUAUGAGGAGUCUGGGUAUAGGUAUAGCCCUGUCAGUUCCUACUCAGAACAGCAGGGGGAGGAGUGGGGACUGAACGGGGUCCCUGACAUGAAACUAAUACCUGACAGACUUCCUAAAGCAAAUGAUAAUUAGUAACUUUUAUUUUUUUAUUUUUUCGGUAUUGGAAGCCCCAGUAUAAUAACAAUGAGAUCUAAUGGUGCAUUUUAGAACUAUUUGCAGAGAACACAACCAUGUUGGAAUCUCUGACCUAAAAUUCACAUACUGCUGUUCCCAGCACUGAGUCCUUGAUAUGGCCUGAAUGGUGCAUGGAGUUUUGAAACAUUUUUGGAAGCUACCUCUUCUCUUGAAAUUCUUAUGAGUGGUGUAGGAAUACCAAAAUCCCUUGAUAAAAUAUUUCCCACUCACGAUUCCUGCACAAAUUUGUGUUGAUUUGCUUCAUUUCUAGAAGAUGAGAAUUUGCAAAAACUAGUGACAUUUCCUUCAUUAGAUACCAGAAAUUCACCAGAAGGAGAUAGAUUUGUGCCUUCUUUUUUUAGGAUCUGGUCAAUGAUACUUUAGUAAGUAUAAAGGAAAUGCAUGCCUACAGUCUGUAUAGAAAAUAUGAAUUUUUUGAUAAGAUUGUGUUCUUUAUGUAAAAAGUUUCUUUGUAUCCAGUGAAAUGCCUAAUAAAGUCCUAGUAGCAAGUA